AUGGGUAGUCCGGAAGAAAGUGUUAAAACAACUGAAAGCAACGUGGUAGACAGUACUGAAAACGAAACAGCUGGAGAGAUUUCUGACAAUGAAAUCGGCGAUACUACAGAAUCGUCUGUGAAUGUUACGGAGGCUACUGGUUUGCAAUCUGGCGAUGUUAGUGGUACGAAGGAAGGAGAUGGGUCUGUGGUGGGAAAUUCUAAGAAGACUAAAAAGAAAUUCCGACACGGCAAAAAGGGGCAUACACCUGCCAAGGACAACCCAGAUAGGAGUGUCGUGAGACGAGUGAACUACAUUGGCACAAAAUUUAAGCAAGGCAGAAAAAGAGCACAAAGUUUUCCAUCUAUUUCGAAGUUUUUCUUGCCUCACAAAAGACCGCGUAAAGAAGUUUUUAUUCCACCUACAAAAUUUUUGCUUGGUGGAAAUAUAUCAGAUCCACUUAAUCUGAACAGUUUACAAGAUGAAGAUAUUAACAGAGCUAUGAAUGCUGUAACUCCGGAGUCGUCACCAUUGCCGACUCCGCCACGGCAUAAAGCUAAGAUUGAUGUUAUAAUACCUCCUAACAUAAGGGAUCCUCUUAAUUUAAUGGAGCCUUUGGACAAUGAAGAGUAUGAAAAGAGGUUAGAGAUACAGCAACGCAAACCGCGCAAAAAGGCGAGGCUAAGGCGCCGUACUACAGACAACACAUCACCUGUGCAUGUUCCAGAGGAGACUCCUGUAACUGUUGUUGAGGGUAUAAAAGAGCCUGCACCACCUGAACCUUCAACAUCAGCAUGUAAAUCACGCAAAAGGUCUUGUAGUGAUAGUGACAAUACAUCACAAAAAGGCAAAGAUCCUAAAAAGUUAAGGCGUAUGGAUUCUCUAGAUAAAAUUGUGAGCCCAGUUGUACCCCAACCUGGAGCUUGGAUGCGAGCGAGGCCACAGCAACGUACAGCUCCGCCGGAACGGCCUGUAUCUCCUCACCGUACUAAAUCCAAGACUGAUGAGGAGCAGAAGUUGCCUACUUUCCAUCCCAAGAAUUCAAGAUAUCAAUAUGGAAAUUAUGACAGGUAUUAUGGUUACCGAAACUUAAAUGCUAUGAUGGACAUAAGACUCCAGGUGUUCGAGAUGCAUCGUCAUCUAUUUCAAAAUAAGGAUGUCUUGGACAUUGGUUGCAAUGUGGGCCAUAUUUCUGUAGCAGUGGCACGAGAACUGGGGGCCCGAUCUGUUGUUGGCAUGGAUAUUGAUCCUGUUUUGAUAGGCAGAGCAAGGAAAAAUCUAAGGUCAUUCAUUCCAGUUCCAUCAGAACCAAAGAGAGAUGAAGAUAAGAAAACAGAUUUAGAAGAUGAGAAGAAAGUAGAAAGAGUUUGUAGUCAGUGUAAGGAGGAUAAGUGUGAUGUGUGCAUUGAAAAGCAAGAUAAAACAGAGGAUUCAAAAAAAAUGUUGGCUGGAAGGAAGCUGAAAAAGCCACGGAAGAAUAGGAAGGCAGUACAUAAACAAGAAGGAGGGCAAUGUUUCUUUCCGAUGUCUAUGUCUAUGUUGUAUGGACCACUUGGUGAUUCAACUGCUGAUGUUAAACCACCUGCAUUCCCUUACAAUGUGACUUUUAAACAGGGCAAUUAUGUACCACGGGAAGAGGUAGCAGUGGGCAGUGGAGCUGAAAGCCCCCAGUUCGAUCUGAUUCUGUGCUUAUCUACCACAAAGUGGAUGCAUUUGAACUGGGGUGAUACUGGCUUAAAACGUGCUUUUCGUCGAAUGUUCGCUGACCUGCGUCCUGGUGGGAAGCUAGUGCUUGAAGCACAGAAUUGGGCUAGUUAUAAGAAGAAGAAGCGUCUAACGCCAACAAUAUAUGAAAACUUCAAUUCAAUCGAGAUGUUUCCGAAUAAGUUUCGCGAGUAUCUAUUGUCGCCCGAGGUCGGCUUCAGCAAAUGUUGCAUUCUCGGAGUGCCGCAACACGCUAGUAAAGGGUUUCGGCGACCGAUCCAGUUGUACGUGAAAGGCGAUUUUACCCCGAGCAAGGCUCGGUGGUCGGAUGCAUAUGCACCGUCAUCUCACCACCGCCCCGAAGCGGAGUUGCCGCGCCGUACCGUGUACGCGCCGACCGCUCCCGCGUACCGGCCGAGCGACGAUGCUCCCUCGUGCGGAGCGGCCACGCCUUACUCGCCCAACCUGGACUGUUGCGCCGACGACUCGCCUUUCUACAACCCUCGCAGCGACUCGUACGCGCCGUCCUAUCAGCCCCCGCGGCCCACGGUGUACGCCACGCUGCCGUCGCCACUGGGCAGCGCGUCUCCCGCGGCUUCGCCGGCCGCUUCGCCCGCUCCGCACGCGUCACCCGCGCCCGACCCGCUGUCGGCUCGCGGGUUUCCCGAGCCACGACCGCACGACGAUUAG